GGUCGUGAUAAUUUAUCGAGUUCAGUCGAAUUGAGAUGUUGAUUCGGUUCGUUGUGAGUAUUUCGCUGAUCGGACUUGGUAGCCCGGCGUGUUGGGACGAUGGUUGGGUUACGAAUUGUGUGGAAAAACUCGAUGGUGCACCGAUAGCUUACGACAAUUACACCGUCGAUCUGAACGUAAUCAGUGCGAGUAGUCACGUGGGUUUCGGUGUUUUUCGAAAGUUGCCUAAGGUCGAAAGGUUAUCGUUAACAGGAAAUAAAAUAUCGAUGAUAAAUCGUGGAGCAUUCGACGGACUAUCUGUUGUCGUUUCCAUAGACUUGGAAGGGAAUCACGUGGAGGAGAUACAGGAAGAGGUUUUCCUAAAUCCCACUUUGGAAAAAGUAAAUCUUCGCAAAAAUCGCAUAAACACCAUCCAAGCUAGGGCCUUCCAAGAAGCAACCAACUUAAAAGUCUUAGAUUUGAGUCACAAUAAACUGGAAGUUGUUCCAGAUGCAAUUAGAAAUUUACCAAACCUCGAAGUACUUCUUCUGGAAUUCACACCCAUUUUAACAUUACUUCCAAAUGAUUUUAAGGGUUUAACUAACUUACAAGUGCUAAGCUUCAACAAGUCAAAAAUUGAAGACGUUUACGACGACACUUUUGAAGAUUUAAAAAAUUUAAAGGAGUUGUAUUUACGUGGCAACAACCUCAGAUAUGUUCCAAACUCCGUUGAUUACUUGACCAAAUUGUUAAUAUUAGAUUUAAGUCACAACAACAUUAAAAUUAUUGACCCACACAGAUUUCAGUCUUUGACCAAUUUGGAAACAUUGAAUCUGGCAGGUAAUCAAAUUGUAAUUCAAAAACAUAAUUUUAACCACUUGCAGAAUCUUCAAAAGCUUAAUUUGUCCUUAAAUUACUUAAGCAAUUUAAAAAGCCAUAGUUUAAGCGGUUUAGGGAAAUUGAAAAUGUUGGAUUUAUCCAAAAAUGACUUUUAUUACCUUCCAGAAGAAGUACAUCAGUUAAGAAAUUUAACUUAUAUUGAUUUUGGUGGUGUUAAAAUUGAGAUUAGAUCUAAAGAUAGAACAAAUCAUUUUGUUGUAAGUUAUAAGUGUCACAUGAAAGUAAAAUCUACUUUGAAGAAAGCUUUGGAAUUUGUGGAGUAUAAUUUUUUUGAAUAUUAAAACUUGAUUAGUGUAUACACUUAUUUAUUGUAUUUUUUUAUAAUAUAUAGUAAAAAUAAAUAUUAUUUUUAACAUUUGUUUUUUAUAACUUAUAUUUUUUAAAUGUCUAAUCCGAAAAAAUAAUGAAU